UUCCUCGACACAAUGGUACAAGCUUGGCGUCUCCACCACGGUGGAGAUACCGGAUCGGCCGAUAAUCCCCUUCAGCCACCGGAAGCUCCACCGGUAAAUCCUGGCCUCGACCUUCGGAUCAUAAACUCGUUUCCCACGUUUCCUUACUCCUCCGUCAAAGAUCUCCGAGAAGAAAAAUACGGCCUCGAAUGCGCCAUUUGUCUUCUUGAAUUCGACGGAGAUCACGUGCUACGUCUCUUGACAACAUGCUACCACGUGUUCCACCAAGAAUGCAUCGAUCUCUGGUUCGAAUCUCACAGAACUUGCCCUGUUUGUCGCCGAGAUCUUGAUCCUCCUCCUCCACCGGAGAACCCAAAGCCUACCGUGGAUGAGAUGAUCAUCGAUGUGAUUCAAGAAACUAGCGACGACCAAGAAGACGUUCAUCGUCGUCAUCAUCAGACAACAACACCGAUUGAUACUUGGCCGUCUUCAGGACAGAGCAGUAGCAUUAAAAAGGAACAAAAUUUGCCGGAGAAGUUCUCUAGAUCGCAUUCGACGGGACACUCGAUAGUGAGAAACAAACCGGAGGAAGAAGAUAAGUAUACAUUGAGAUUACCGGAACAUGUCAAGAUUAAGGUCACGAGAGGACAUAGCCAGACAGAGAGUUGUGUAACGUUCGCCGAACUUGUUAGAAACAGAGGAUAUGAUCAUCGCCGGUUUGGUGAAGUCUCCGCUCAAACACAAUCUGAAAAUUGAAGAAAACGGAAUAUAUAUACUUUUUUUUUUUUUAAUUAGUUAAGUUUUUUUUCUUCUUGUUGUGGUAUUGGUUAUAAAUAUAGUAGGUUAGAAUAUUUAUUUAACUUGA